AUUAAGUAUUUAUGUGCCUUUUUUAGCAAGAUACUGUGUCUGGGAGGUUGUGGCUACGCAGGUGCCUCCUCUGUUUCUUCUCUGGCUUGCUGAUGCACUGCCGCGGCACACCAACAAAUUCCCAUUGGCAGUCCCCCCCGCCUCCCGUGCUUUUCUACCAUUUCAAUUUCAAAACCAAUUCCCAAACUACGACUAUGUUAAGAAACUCAAACAAAAGUUAAGGUAGACCCACUCACAUUAGAACGAAAUCUGAAAAAAAAGUACACCAAACUGACUUUCUAAAACCAUCUAUGAAUCUCCAAUUUCUGAAAAUCCAAUAAAUUUAAAAAAAAAUACUGGUAGAAAAAAGAAGAGGUGUUACCUCUUUUUUGAAUCUGUCUUCUUUAUCUGGUUGGUGUCCUCCCAAGGCUAGGCUCGAAACACCCUAUUAAAUGUGUGCAAGAGAAAGGAGUCUCUAAUUCAUAAUUUCAUGUUCUCCCAUAGACAGGAGUUGUGAAAAUUCAAGAAUCUUAUUCAAUUUAUUGCCUUAAGAUUCUCAAAGCAUAAUGUACAACCGUAAAAGUAAUUAAAUAGCCAUUAGCCACUAACAUCAUCCAUUACAAGAAAGAAAGAGCAUAAUCAUGGUCUUGAUCAACUCCAACCAUUUUUUAAUGUAAAAAUGUGUUCCCCUCACUCUUACUGGUGAGGGCAGCAAAGGACAUUGUUGAAUGUUACAAGGAUGAUCAUGUUUAAGAAACACAGAAAACAAAAACAUGUUUAAGAGAAAAAAACAAAUCUAUAAAACAUUUAAAAUAGUUAAAUCCUCAUCCCUCAGCAAUGCCUGAUAUCAACCUGGCAAGAAGCCGCCACGGGUUCCUCCACCUCCCGCAACAGGACGAGAGGGAGCACCACCAGUUCAGAUUACUAAAUGUUUCAUCACAGGGAUGCAUACGAACAGAUGAAUACAUGAAAAAUAAAACCACAUUGAUCCGGAUAAACUCAGUAAAUCUUGAAGGCGAAAUCUAUAUGGUGAAACAAAAGAUAAACAAUUUUUUCUCAAAAAUCAAUGAAACAAAAUAAGCUAAGGGUAUGUAGAGGAAAUUGCAAAUGUGGACACAUAAGUAAUGAGAAAGUGGAAUAGAACAUAUUAUUCUGCAUUUGCAAAUUCCUCUCCUUACCAAGAUUCAAAUUCAAGGGUGACGUAGGGUACACAGAUCGGCUGUGUUUCUGGACGCGGUGAAUAUGUGCUCAAUGUGAUUCAUCACUACCACUACAAGUACCAGGCUCAGGGCAGAGUUUCGGCUUCAACAACUUCGAAAAAGCCAGACUCCAACCACCAGGCUCCAUGUUGGGGGGUAUCGGCAGUCGUGAAAUGGUCAUUGCGACUUUGUGAAGUUUUUGAGACAAAAGACAAAGGCUAUCCAUUUGUGAAACCCAUCGCCGGCCAAAUACUUCAGACUUAGAUUCCACAAAAUCUCAUCCCCCAAUCCACUCGCUUAAGUAUGAUCCGGUUGAGCAGAGAGUGAUCCACCGCGUCACACGCCGAUUCGUGCCGGCAAUUGCCCUGCGUCACCAGUUUAGCCAUUGAAUUUGAAGCUGGCAGCGUAGAAGAAAUGCCAAGGGCUUAC